CAGACGGCCAAAUUGCGUUGGGCGGGCCGUGUGAGGUGAUGAGGAGGCGCGAGACCGAGUCGUAUGGGCCACCGUUCUUUUUCCACAGUGGGAUACACGCCCGCGUCCCAGCACCGUUUCCUUGGUCCAUCGACUCGAACAAAUGAUUUCUUCUGACACAGCAGCAGUGAGCAUCCCCAACUUGCGGCUGCUCCGACCGGAAAGCAGGUGCCCCCGACGAGGGACGGUUUCAGGUCAGAGGCUCCGCAAUAAUACGAGUCUUCAGCGUCGACUUUUCUCUGGCUUGUUGGGACGUCUGGUAAACAAAGCGGCGUGCAAUCAGUGUGAAGGCUCUAAGUUCUUGUGCAUGGUGCAGGAGUGGGAGCCGUGGAUGAGCCAGGCCAUCUGCAGUGUGCCGACCUCCCUUGUUCAGUUCCUGGGCCGUGCGGGCUGCAGCCCACUCGUGAACAGGAGGAGCCAGCUCAAACGAGAGCCGCCCCUGACUAUCACUCAGGAACGCGCUUCCGCCCAUUUCUCGAGCGGGGCCUCAUCAAAUCACCUUGGUCCUGGCUGCCACGGGUUGUUGCAAGCUGCGAGUAACGACUCUCCGGCGACAUUUGCGACAUCAGACUUCUUUCUUCUUCGUAUCCUCCUCGUCGUCAUAAUGGCGCACAUCAUGUGGCGGUUUCCGUGCUCUCAGAAUAGUCCUCGAGAAAAGUAAUCGACAUCUGCCACCCUCAUGCAGCCAGCAAGGGAGAGCCGGAGCGGCGAGUGUACUUAUUAAACACAGGAUCCCAGAAAGCAUCCAACGGCGGCGAUCAUGGUUACGGGACCAUCGGAAUUUUUGAAGCAGGGAGACCUGAUGAAACUGAAGACCCGUCUCUUGUUUGUGCCACCGAACGAGAACAUCAAGAU